AUGUUCAUUUCAACAUUAUUGGCUCAUUCUUCCAAAAUAGAAAGUACUUUGAACUACCGGAAAUGGGUGAGAAACAAAUCGGAACGUUCUACAACUCGUUACCGACAUGAAAAUUCCAGUGCUUCAGAAGUGACACAACGUACAACUGGCAAUCAUCACGAAAUAAUCACGGAUUUCAGUGAGAGAAUGAAGGAGAAGCAUCCAUAUAUUAUAACUGAACCAAAUUUCACCGUGGCAAUUGCAUCACCUUUGCUGCAGCCGGCCCAGCUAAAGCCUGUGGCCGGUCGAGCUGUGUAUUCACAUAUGGUCGCUUCAUCUUCUGUAGUGCCUUCACCAGCCUUAUGUCAACGUCCUCAGAAUGCUGUAACACCAGAUCAUUAUCCAAUGACAUCACUAGGACCAAAUUCUGGAGCUCUUUCUAGUCAUACUGGAGCUGCUUCAAGCGGUAUGCCAUUCCGAGGACAGUUUAUGAAUCAUGCCAUACAAAUGAGUUUGCCACCGCAUAUGUCAGACGGGUAA